AUGGCUUUCGCACAUAUAAAAGCACCCGUAUUGGAUACUCCUUUACCAUUCAACAGAAGUCGAAGGCUUAUGAAACGAUUUAGACAAUUAUAUUUUUGCGUCGAGUUGUCUUUCGAAAUCGCUUCAAAUGAUAAUGGAGGUAAAAAUUCAGGAUAA